GCCGUAAAACGUAACGAAAAACGUAACGUAACGUGACGUGAAAAAAACAUCGAUAUUCUAUAAAACCCGAUUGCUUUUGUGGUUGUUUUUCUUAACACAAGACAACUAGAGCUGAGUAGAUUCAUAUAAAACAUUAGAGUAGUACUCGGCUUUGGAUAUUUAUAAUAUGAACGUGUAGUUUAUUGUUGGAAAGGAAUAUUCAAAGCAACUUUAAGAUGUUUACUCCUCUAAACGGAGCACUUGUAUUUGUCGUUUCGCUGCUUCAGCUAUUGUCAAUACAAGCUCAAUAUAGACGGGUAUGCUACUACACAAACUGGGCCCAAUACAGGCCAAAUCAGGGCAAAUACUACCCUGAAGAUAUAGAUCCAAGCUUAUGCACCCACUUGGUAUACGCCUUCGCCAAGUUGAAAGGGAACAGGUUGGAAGCUUUCGAGUGGAACGAUGAAUCUACAGAAUGGAUGAGAGGCAUGUUCGAUCGUUUUAAUGACAUAAAGAUGAAGAACCCGGGAAUAAAAACGUUAUUGGCGGUAGGCGGAUGGAACAUGGCGUCGAAACCAUUUACGGCCAUGGCAGCCACCGCUGCAACGCGGAGAGAAUUCGCCAUGACAUCCGUUCCGUUUUUGAGAGAACGCAACUUCGAUGGGCUGGACCUUGAUUGGGAAUACCCUGCCAAUAGAGGAAGUCCUCCAGAAGAUAAACAAAGAUUCACUCAGCUUGUUUCGGAAAUUCGACAGGCAUUUGACGAAGAUGCCAGACGAACUGGCCGUCCGGCCCUGCUGCUUACUUCCGCUGUGGCUGCUGGCAAAGACAAAAUUGACACCGCCUAUGACAUCCCGUCUGUAUGUAGGGACAUGGAUUUUAUCAGCGUUAUGACGUACGAUCUCCAUGGCAGUUGGGAGAAUAUAACAGGUCACAACAGUCCACUAUUCCCACAUUCAGGGGAAACCGGAGACCAGCGAUUUCUCAAUAUGGACUGGGCUGCGAACUACUGGGUUCAACAAGGGUGCCCAAAAGACAAGGUGGUUAUCGGCAUGGGCUUGUACGGGCGUUCUUUCACAUUGAGAGACUCAUAUGAAAAUGGGCUCAUGGCCCCCGUACGCGGCAAGGGAGAGGCCGGGACCUACUCGCGAGAGGGUGGCUUCCUCGCUUAUUAUGAGAUCUGUGAUAUGCUGACAAAGGGUGGACAAUCGUAUUACAUAAAAGAGCAGGAGGCUCCGUACGCUGUUCACAAUGACCAGUGGGUGGGGUAUGACGACGCUGACAGCUUAAGAAUUAAGGUACAAUGGUUGAAGCAAAAUGGGUUUUCUGGCGUGAUGGUUUGGGCACUUGACCUUGACGAUUACAAGAACCAAUGUGGAUACGGGCCGUACCCCCUUAUGAACGCUAUCAACAACGAACUCAGAGGCACAAUACCCGUGCCUCCUAGAUCAAGACCAAAUCGAGUGCAGCCCGAUCCUGCGGACAGACCCGCCCUCCCCGCUCCUGUUCCCGGUGGAAGUAGUAGCAGCGGUGGGAACCAGGCCAAUACUAACUUACCUCAUCUUACAAACGACUUCGACUGUCCUCCAAAUAUAAACACAUAUUACCCAAAUCCUAAAAGCUGUGACGGUUACUACAUUUGCGCCGAUGGCCUGUCCUUUAAAUUCAAAUGCACUGCUCCGUUGCGAUGGAACUCAGAGUCCAAUUUCUGUGACUGGCCGGAGAACGUCUACUGCGAAAGGAAUUUUGCUUCACAAGUGGGAAUUGUAGCCACUUCAAAGGAUCCUGCUACAACUAGGCGAACACGACCUACAACAACUACAACCACCACCACCACCACCACCACGACAACACGGCCACGUCCACCGACGCCAAGAAGACGACCGAUAAUCCCGCCUCGGCAACAGCAGAUUCAGUCCGCUCAAUCAUGGCAUCAGCCUUCGUCAGGGCCAAGACGAAUCGUCGACGUUCCCGUCUCAUUUAUACCGCAAACUGAUCCAUGGGGUCAAACGAAGUCCCAAGACGCCCGGACUGCCCCUGCCCCACCUGCUCCUCCCGCCCAGCCAGUACAACAACCAAGAAGAACCUUCUCACAGAGAAGACCGGAAACCCAGGCAUCGGCAGGCUUUGGUCAGUCAACACCGCCAUGGCUCGAUUGGUCUUCGUGGAUAACGGAAUUCUGGAGAGCCCUUACCACCAUGAGCGGUCCCCAAGGGGAAAUAAUCAGACAAGCAAUGCCCGGUCCACCACCCAAGUUGUCGGCGUUUGGUGCGAUUGGCGGUCAACAGGAAAAUUCAAACAGUUUCCAACCAAACCUACCAUCACCACAACACGUACAAGAACCACCAGUACAACCUACUGCACAAAACACAAUUCCCCCGAAUAUUUGUACUGGAAAGCAAGAUGGUAUUUAUUUAGACCCCGAUGAUUGCAGCAAAUACAUCGACUGCGUACAAGGACGAGAUUAUCGGGGAACUUGCCCACCCAGCACUUCUUUUGAUGACAGAUUCGGAGUGUGUGAUUACACACAUAAAAUUCCCAGAUGUGCCAUUGCAAGCUUUCAGGGUUGAGCGAUAGUGUCAUUUGAUUUUGAUUUUUCUUGAAGUGUUUCUUUGUCCUCAGUGAUUGUCGAUGAAUUUGAACUGAAUGUGAUUUGUUGUUUUUUCUCUUUAAUGUUUUCUUGUUAGCUGUAAAUUGCUAAUUUGUAUGUAUUUGUUUGUUAGGUUGUUGGUUAACAUAAACAGUGAUAACACAGAUUUUGUUAUUGUUAACGUGAUAGGUAUACUUAUUGAAACAUUUCAAAGACUUAAUUGAUUUUCGUACUUCUUCAUGGAGCAAAUUAGCAUAGUACUAAUUAUUCAUUGUAAACGACGUGAACAUCCCCUUUGAAUGUCUUUUACUUCUGGUCGAAAUGUUCGCGAAGUAUGCUUACAAGGAUGUAUGUGCAUAAUCUACAAAUAUAAGAAAUGUUACAUGUUCAACACGUUUCCCAUUGUCUCAAUACCACAAGAUUGCUUCUUAACCUCAAAACCCUGUAAAGGUUGUUUAAAUGUGCAAUCUGUCUGAGAAUAUUUAUGCAUUUUUGUAAUAAAGAAAUAAAUAUGUAACCAUGA